AUGAAGUCCCUCUCACCGGUCCUCGCAUCCCUCGCGAACGUCUUUAAGAUCCCCAUCUCGCAAACCUCGACCCGCCCCGCCAUCAACAGAGUCUGCAAUGAGGCCGUGACGAGCAGCAAAACCACCACGGGGCCAAUUACGGCCGCCGUGCAGCCCGCAGCGUCGAGGACGUUUUCGACUACGACUGCUUUGGCUAAGAGGAAUGCCGGGGCUGUACCGCCGCAGGUGAAUAAGAGAAUUACUAUGAUCCGCUACUUCCUCUGGCACCCCCUAACCCCGCGCCCUCUCCGCUUCUCCCGCAACCGUUACCUCCGCCACUGGACCAUCCACCGCGCCUGGCAACUCUACCGAGCCCAGCAGCGCCGCGCGCACCACCUCGAGCUCGAGCGCCAGGAACACGCCAUGCACCGCGCGUGCGAAGAGCUGCGUACGGGUGCCUACGAUGGCGGGAAGCUGUUCCGGAAGUCGAUGAACAAGAAGGGUGUUUUUGCGGACAUGUUCCCGAUUGAGUAUGGGCGGUUGCAGACUGAUGCGCCUAGUCGGGAGGGGUGGAAUCAUGAGUGGAAGAGGAUGGAGAAGAAAUAA